AUGGAAGACUUGUCGUGGCGUGGCAGUGGCGGCUACAGUUCCGCGUGCAGGAUGAGCAGCGCCGCGUGCGGGGGCGGCGGCGGAGCGGGGGCGGCGGGGGGCGCUUUCCGAGGGCGGGGCGCCCCUCGCGCGCGCACCUGCGCGUUCACCGCGUCCCAACGAGCGUCCCUCGCCACCUUCGGCUCCGUGCGCGUGCCCCCUGCCCCUCCCGCGGCGCGGCCCCUCCCCCUCCCCCUCCCCCGCGCCCGCGUCCCGCCACGGGCCGCAGGGCCCGGGUCCAACUCGUCC